AUGACGUCCUCCAAAUACAUGGCAUGUCUACUGAAGAAUGACCUCAUGACGCGUGACUCAACCGUGGCACGUGUUGCACAGUGCGACGUGUUUGUUUUACUACCGUCGACCGUCUUCGUCGCUUCAUUGGUGGCGGCCGAUGCAACGCUCGGUCUGGUGCUGUCACCCGUUGCGGUAGAAAGCGACGAUUGGAACAGCAGACAACCGCCUCUUCGACCACCCCCGAAACUGAUGGGCAAGUGCGGGUUCGGCGUCAGAGGGGUGUCUAAGACGGAUAAGACACGGGGCUUCGUCAAAACUCAACCUUUUGCUUCUGACGGUUGCAAGAUCGAAACGAAUGCAGUUUCCGAGUUUCAACGAUUCAGCAACUUCCUCAAGAAAAGCCUUGGGUCGUUGCUGGACCUGAUGUCAUUUCCACAGUCGAAGUACAGCCCCGACUCUGCACCAGGUUCCGUUAUUCCGACAGCUCUGCCAAGCAAGCGAGAGCUGGAAGCACUGGAAGUACCGGAAACACAGGACGACCACUUUUCUCCGGUCUUCACCCCAAAACUCAAGAGAUCAGCACCACUGGAAACGAGAAGUCCCGCUUCAGAGUUCGGUUCUUUUUCAAGUCCAGGCUUUGCAACCACGCUAUCCCGAAGCUUCGACCCCAGCGAUUACAAAACUGUGACUCUGGAUCUUCCGGUAUGGGUGGAGACUCAGCCGUACACUUCUGAGGCAUUGCCGAACCCCCAUGAACUUUACGUUAACUUCAACUCUGCUAGCACAUCCUCGUCGGCUGAAUUCUCUACUAGCAACUCAUCGACUGCGUCCUCGGCCAACAACCCAUUCCAUGACGAAAACUACAAAACGAUCGUGACGAAUUUCCCGCUGACGUUCGGCGUGAACCACGGUACUUCGGUCAGAUGUCAUCGGCCUCCCGCAACACCGCCAAGAGCCGCCGUUGUGACCGAUGACCAACGCUGUAGGGACGGACGCGCAGCAGCAACAGCCCUGCCAAUGAACAAGACAAUAAGAGAUUCAUUCGGUUAUGACAUUCUUGUAACGGAAUGA